AGACAGAGAAAGAGAGUUGGAAUGAGUGGCAGAAAAGGACAAAUAGGACAGACUGCUGCUUUCGCUCUGCUGUGUCAUUCAAAGUAAUUCAGAAGAACAGAAGAAAGAGAAAAAGAAAAGAGAUUUAAAAAAUAGAAGCCACGUGGAUACUCCAACAAUCUCUGCUCACAGGCCUCUCCUACCAAAGAACAAACAAAUGGUUGGCUCUACACUGUCAUCACUGGUUACUGGGUGGAGUACUGUUAUUAAAUCUCUUGGAGACAGCACAAAAAAAAGAAAGUGAAAGACUAAAGGCACGGCUACAGAGAGAGAGAGAGAGAGAGAAAGAGGGAGAUAAAUAUAACACAAAAACUUCAGAGAGAGAGUGAGGAAAGAGAUAUUUAAAGCCCAGAGAGAAGAAAGACGGGGACAAAGAAACACAUGCAAGAAGGGAGCUCUGAUUUGUCAUGUUACAGACGUAACCAGAGAUGAAUAAAGCAGCUCUUCGCCCAGUGAUCCAGGCAGGGGAUGGGAGGACACUGUCCAGAACACAGUUCCUCUCACUGCUGAACAACUACAACUGCUUCCUGAAGGACCAAACUCAACUGCACCUCAGUUACUUUCGGGGUGCCGAUGGAGAGGUGGUGGUGGAGGGCUUCCUGAAUAUCUCCUGGGGAGUACGGAGACCAAUCAGGCUGAAAAUACAGGACGAUAUACAGACGAUCACCUUUGCUCCUCUGAUCUCACCCAGCCCCAUCAGCCCCAUCGGAGACAAGAGGAGUAUGUCCCGAUGGGGAGAAUGUGUUGACCUUCACCAGAUAGAUGAGAUGGCAGAGACACCACAAAACACAGUAGUCACCAAACCGUUACCAGGCCCGCCUGUUUAUGAGUCAACCACUCUGCGUCCCGUGAGGCAGAGGAACUCCGAGAUGGAGGCAGAGUCCAACCUGUUUCGUUGCAUGAGUGACGCGUCGUUGGUCAAGAGGAGGAAGGGAAGGCCGAAGUCGGCGGCAGAAAGAGAGAAAGAAAGACAACAUCGCUUUUCUAUCAAUGGACACUUCUAUAACUACAAGACCGCUAUCUUCACUCCAUCCUUGGGCACGCCAACCAAAGUUCGUAUCUCCAGCAGGAUGACCACAAACCAGGUCGUCGAACAGUUACUAAACAAGUUCAAGAUAGAGAACGAUCCCCAGGAGUAUGCUCUGUACUGUGUUCACCAGAGUGGAGAAAAGAGGAAGCUCAGUAACAAAGACCAGCCCCUAUGGGAGCGCAUACUACAGGGACCCUCUGAUGACAUCAUGAAGAUCUUUUUGAUCGACAUGGACGAAGAAGAAGUCAGCAAUGUUGUCGCCCAGUAUCUGAACUUGGAGCUUCCCAUCCUGGAGCAGGUUCUACUGAAACUCAGAGAGGAGGAGAACAGAGAGAUACAGAGAGUCAUCCACAAGUACCACAACCAGCAUAGACUCCUGUCCCAUAUGCUGAACUGUAAGAUGUCGCCUCACAUUGAGACCAGUGUGUGACGAUCUGAAUCACUGACACAAGACCGGUCAUUCAUCACAGCACCACUUUGAGGACGAAAGAGAAGCUGUGGGGAACUCUGUAAAAACAACAUCUUUAACUUUAAGGUUAAAGCUGCAAAUGUUUGGAAGAGAAACACAAAGGUGAAGAUUUGGGAAAAUACCACCAACCUGACAAACAUAUCAUUUUUAUUCAUGUUUUUUUCUCUUCAUUUUUUUAAUUUGUAAAUUAAGUACAACAUAAGAUUGUAAGAUGCUGCUGUAAAUAACUGUAAAUCUGUGUUGUGUGUUAAUAAAUAUAAGUUGUGGGACCAGCA